GAGACCUCCGAAGUGCUCGUCAGUUAUCGAAGUAGGAGCCAUGGCGACAACAGCUCAGUAUAUUCCGAGGAAUAACUCCUUACCGUCCAACCCGCUCAUGCAUCCGGAUUCGGAUAGGAUGCAUCAGGGGACGACCUACAGAGAGGUGCAGAAAAUGAUGCACCACGAGUACUUGCAAGGGCUCGCGGCGACCAACACGGGACACCCGAUGAGCCUGACGCACCACCAGUGGCUGCCCACCUCCAACACCGACUGGUCCAGCGGCACCCACAUCGGGCAGCAGGAGCACAAAGCCAGCGUGCAGGCGACCCGCGAGGACCUGAGCAGCGGCUUCCACCACAGAUCUCACCUGGUGCACCAGCAGACGCAGGGCGGCCACCAUGGCUCGUGGGCGCCCGCCACGACGCACCACUUGUCCCCGCUGUCGCCGGCGUCCAACGGCCACCAGCCCCUGGUGUACUCGCAGCCUGGAUACACAAACCUCAACGCGAUGCUGAGCCCGCAGCCCGGCGCACUGCACCACGGCAUGCGAGACCCGCUCCACGACGACUCGGGCAGCCACGACAACCAGAUGGAUUCUCCCCAGCAGGCGUUCAGCCACCACCAGGACCACUCGGACGAGGACGCGCCCAGCUCCGACGACCUGGAGCAGUUCGCCAAGCAGUUCAAGCAGCGGCGGAUCAAACUGGGCUUUACGCAGGCGGACGUGGGCUUGGCCUUGGGCACCCUGUACGGAAACGUCUUUUCUCAGACCACGAUCUGCAGGUUCGAGGCGCUGCAGCUUAGCUUCAAGAACAUGUGCAAACUUAAGCCGCUGCUAAACAAGUGGCUGGAGGAGACAGACUCGAACACGGGCAGUCCCACCAAUUUGGACAAGAUUGCCGCGCAGGGGAGGAAACGAAAGAAGAGGACCUCCAUCGAAGUCGGGGUGAAAGGGGCGCUGGAGAAUCAUUUCUUAAAAUGCCCAAAGCCGUCAGCUCAUGAAAUCAGCAGUUUGGCCAACACGCUGCAGUUGGAAAAAGAGGUUGUGCGCGUUUGGUUUUGCAACAGAAGACAAAAAGAGAAAAGAAUGACACCGAUUGGGGUCCCUCACCCGAAUAUGGAGGACGUAUAUUCCCAAGCAGAGACCCCUCCUCUACACCGCUCACUACAGAGUCCUGUGCAGUGACUGUUUUCAUGAACAAUAAGAGCAUUUCCGCAGGGGGAUAGAAAAAGGGAAAAGGGACUAUGGAGUUUACAGUAUUUAAGUUUGGUUUUUGUUUUCCUCAGAGAAAAGAGGCGUGGACAAGUUGAAUAGUUUCGACUGAUAGAUGGCAAGAGCGAACAUGUUAAGAAGAAGAAGAACAAGAAGAAGAAGAAGAAGAAGAAGAAGAAGAAGAAGAGAAGAAAAACCAAGAAAAAAGAAGAAAAAAUAAACACGUGCUAUUACUGAAUCCGUGCGCAUUUAGAGUGAAACAAAGAUCUUUAUUUACCAAAAUGUUAUGGAGGAGAAGGCAUUUAAAGUACAUUUCAUGUCCCAUGGCUGUUUCAAAUGGGGCAAACCGAGGCCAUCUCCUCCCGGUGCUCCACGAACUGUUGGCGCUCACCAGGACGUCAACACUGGAGAUCAAUAGUCUACAUACACUGAACGAACAUUUUUGCUUUAUCCGACCUAAACUGAUUAACCAGAUUUCUGAAUAUUGGUGUGCGCUUUCUUUGUUCUACUCCGUGUGGUGUUUCGGUUUUGGGAAAUACUUUUAACUUCUGACUGUCUAUAUGAUUUCUGUCAUGAUUUGCUGUAGGCGCUGUGGACCAGAGCAGCGUCUUCUUUUUUUUUCUUCCUUCUGUUUACUCUGUGGGAGGUGGAGGUGGUGAUGGAGGUGGUGGUGGUGGAGAAGUGAUGGAAAUGAUGGCACCCGAAACACUAAAGUCAUUAAGGCCUGACCGAUUUCAGAAGAAAAAUAAAUAAAUACACGAUGCAACAGGACGUUUAAGCUCUGAUUGCACGUCUUCAAAUACCAGUUCAAAACGUCGACAUUUCAGCACUAGACGCUAAAAGGGGAAUUUAAAAACGCGCGUUGUCUAUUAUUUGGGGAGGGGGGCGGGGGGGGGGGGGGUUGGUUUUCUUAUCAAAAUAUUGUUUUCUUUGCAUGGAGCACUUAUUGUUUCGUUGAUAUUAUCAUUAUUAUUAUUAUUAUUAUUAUUGCAAUUUUAUAUUUGUUGAUAAAAUUGUGGUUGGGGCUGAUCGCCAUAGGCUUAAAACAAUAACCCCCCCACCCCCUUUUUUUGCAGGUUCCUGGUUGUCUCCACAGAGCGCUGUCUCUCCCACACUGCUCACUGCCCGAUAAUCCUGUUGUAUUCCAAAAACACUUCAAGAGAGAUUGGUCACAUACGAAAUGAAAAAGUAAUAGUAACUCAGGUAACUUCAGUGCCCCCUUCGUCGGAAUAUCACGCCUGUUCAUGUUUUUUUUUUCUGUAUUUCUAGAUCUGGUUACAAACUGCACCGUUUUCUUUGUCCCAUAAAUCCACUGUAUUAUAUUAAAACGCUGGAUUCGGAGAGAAGAAAAAUAAUAAUUCCUCAAUGGGAAGCGAUGAAGGGACUUAACAAGAUAUAUUUAUUUUUUUUCUGACCUCAAAGGAAAUCUGAAAAUCUCAUGCGUUUGUGUGUCGUUUCUCAAUGUUGGAACAGUCCAAAAUUCUAAAGCAGUGCUAUUCAAUACAGAUGAGGGAAACAUUUUUUUUUUUCAAGAAAAAAAAUAAUAAUAGUAAAAAAAAAAAAAAAGAAGAAGAUUUUAGAGAAAAUGUUGCCAGGAUUAUUCCCGAUAUGUAAAUAUGUCCAAUAUGUAAACUUGUAUUUGUUCUGAGAUAUUGUUUUGUUUUUGUUUCUUUCCGGGCCGUUUUGUACACUUACUAAUUCCAAGAAGAUAUUUUAAUAUGAUUUCAUUUAUGAAUCUGACCAUUUAUAUAUAUAUAUAUAUAUAUAUUUAUUUCUUAAACGUGUUUGGAGCUUUUUGUUUGGCUCUGUUAAUGGUUACGUUGCAGUGGAUUUCAGUAUGUUUCUCUUUUUGUUUACUACAUUGGUUGUACGUUGAUUGCUAAAUGUAGACUGCGAAGUCACAUUUAUAUUUAUGUUAUAGUAAUAUUUUAUUACUUACAUAAAACAUAUAUACAAGAAAUGGUCUUUUGUCUUCAUUUAGAACCGAGCCACGGGUCCUUUGUUGCUGUCUGUUGUAGCCUCGACGCGGCAAACCGACGAGCGCACGCAGUCCAUCGCUGCUGGGAGGGGG